AGGGGAGGAGCAGCAGCACCAGCCUGCUCGGUGGCGCGCGCGGCGCUCCUGGGGCUCCGGGGCUGCUUGCGUUUUCACCCCGGAGUGCACGCUGCCUGAAAUAUUCUUGCUGCCGUAAAGCUCGUCUCUGAAUUAAAUUGUUUGCUUCUUUAUGCAUUUAGAUUGUGGAAAGAGCGAAGUAAUUCUGUGUUUCUGUUUUGUUGGUGUUUUUUAGCCAAAGCAUUAGUGUCAUCAUGAUUCUGCAUCAGAUUCUGCGACUUUCUUCCAUUUUUCGCUCUGCUGUUUCCGUUCACUUGCGCAGAAACAUAGGGCUUUCUGCUGUUGUCUUUAAUAAGACAAAAGAGCUCGAUCCAGUUCAGAAGCUCUUCUUGGACAAGAUCAGAGAAUACAACACAAAGAGCAAGCAAGCUGGAGGGCCUGUUGAUGCAGGCCCUGAGUUUCAGAAAGACAUGAAUGAAUCCCUUGCUAGACUUCAACGGGCAUAUGGUGAGGGAGAUCUAACCAAGUUUCCAGAAUUUAAAUUUGAGGAGCCCAACUUUGAGGAGACUCCAAAAUGAUCUCUGCAGGUUGUACCCCAAACAGCAGUGUACAUCACUAGAGCUGUUGAACAUGGCACCAGUUGUAACUUAAUAAAUGCAGUGUUUCAGUUC